AUGGCGGCGUCAUUCGGACGGCGAUACAUCGAGCUUGCCUCGGCCCUUCCCGUGUCCGACUGGAGUGGCCUUGGGAAUUUGGCUCAGGCAGACCUUGGGGAGGACUUAAGGCGCUCCAUGGCUUUGACCUAUACAUUGGCUAUGCGGUUUGUCGACUCGUCUAACAACCUCUCUUUGUCUGCUGCUGAGAGGAACUGCCUUACAGCUCAGGUGCGGGAGCUUGAGGGAGAGCUUAACGAAACCAAUGCUAAAUUGUCAGAGGUCCAGACAAAACUUUCCAACUUGUCAUCGAAGAGGAAGGAAAUAAGGGCUAAGACCAAGAGACUAGAAGGCAAGGUUACUCGCUUGGAGCGUGAACUCCGGGAGGCCAAGGACACUGCGGCCGCCUCGCAGCAGAGAGUUACCCUGUUGGAGGCCGAAGUCGAGGCCCUCAGGGCUUAUCUCCAGUCAGCGCAGGAGAGGUGUGCUUCCUUGGAGGCGGGGAAGUAUUACUUCUCUUUUGAAAAGGAAAGGGAGUUGGGGGUUGCUCACAGUGAAAUCAAGUCACUGAGAGCAACUGAAACUCUUAAAGAUAAGGCAGUAGAAGAGAACGAGGUUGAAAAAAUGGAUGAAAAAGUCUCUGUCACGGAAAAUCUUCUUGAGCACAAGAUUGUAGCCCUCCAAGAAGAUAAGAAGGCUUUGGAAUGCCACACCAAGUCAAAAGAAUCAGCUCUGCUUGAAGCAGAAAGGAUUUUGCAAAGUGCUUUAGAAAGAGCUUUGAUAGUUGAAGAGGUUCAAAACCAGAAAUUUGAGUUGAGGAGACAGAUUGAGAUCUGCCAGGAGGAAAAGAGGACUCUAGAGCGAGAACUUGCAAAAGCAAAAGUUUCAGCAAACUGCAUAGCAACUGUGGUGGCCAAUGAGUGGAAGGACGAAAAUGAUAAAGUUAUGCCAGUUAAGCAGUGGCUGGAAGAAAGAAGGCUUAUGUAG